AUGCCGGCGCCGGGCCGGGGCCCCCGCGGGCCGCCGCUGACCAUGCCCGGGCGCCGGGGGGCGCUGCGCGAGCCGGCGGGCUGCGGGUCCUGCCUGGGGGCGGCGCUGGCCCUGCUGCUGCUGCUGCUGCCCGCCUGCUGCCCGGUGCGGGCGCAGAACGACACGGAGCCCAUCGUCCUGGAGGGCAAGUGCCUGGUGGUGUGCGACUCGAGCCCGUCGGCGGACGGCGCCGUCACCUCCUCGCUGGGCAUCUCCGUGCGCUCGGGCAGCGCCAAGGUGGCCUUCUCCGCCACGCGGAGCACCAACCACGAGCCGUCCGAGAUGAGCAAUCGCACCAUGACCAUCUACUUCGACCAGGUAUUAGUAAACAUCGGCAACCACUUUGACCUUGCCUCCAGUAUAUUUGUAGCACCAAGAAAAGGAAUUUAUAGCUUCAGCUUCCACGUGGUCAAAGUGUAUAACAGACAAACCAUCCAGGUCAGUUUAAUGCAGAAUGGCUACCCGGUGAUCUCAGCAUUUGCAGGAGACCAGGAUGUUACCAGAGAAGCUGCCAGCAAUGGCGUCCUGCUGCUCAUGGAAAGAGAGGACAAAGUGCACCUCAAACUGGAGAGGGGCAACCUCAUGGGGGGCUGGAAAUACUCCACGUUCUCCGGCUUCUUGGUUUUUCCUCUAUAAACACAGAGCCCCCUGGAUGGUGGGAGAAUUGCUAUCUGGACCCAGGAAUCCACCCUUCAAAACACCCUGAACUUGCCCUAAUAGGACAAACUGUUUCCAACCUCCAUCAGACUGUCGCGGUAGAAGAAUGAUUUCCUUCCAGAUCUUCAGUAUUUUUUGGUUUGUUUGUUUGUUUUGAAUAUUGACAAUUUCUCGGGAACCUGGCCUCUAAUUAGUUUUAGACGACAAGGUCUUAAGGAGAAAUGAAAUUAUCGAUUUGAGCAAUUUGUCCCUGUGAUUGUAAAGUCAAUAUCGGAUUUUAUUGUUGGGACCACUGACUUACCUUUUUCUGUUUGUAUGUUGUAUUGUUGUCCCAAUGCAAGGAGUGCCGCUGACCCAGGGUGGAUUUCAGGCUGCAGUCAGGGCUCAGACUAAGAGCCCAGCAAAGAGUAGCCGUCAGGACAGUCCUUGCCAUGUGUUCGGUAUGAGUCUGUAUAGCCUUAAGACAAAGAAUGGCUUCCCUUUCAUUCUGUGUUUUUCUCCCCACUGGGUGGAUGGGAGGACUUGGGAGGGGGCUGGGGACAUUGUGAACCUGUCAGGAAGUGCUUUAUCUAGAGAAGCAAAUUUUGCACGAUUGGACUGCA